CAUUUCUCCCGGCGUGCUCCGCGGUGUAGGUUUGUAGGAGGUGGGCCGGCGUCGUAAUGGCGGCGGCCGGAGCGGGUGCAACUCGCCUGCUUCUUCUCAUACUGAUAGUGGCAGCAGCGCCCAGCCGGGCCAGGGGCAACGGCUGCCGGGUUGGGGCCGCUGCACGGGGGGUUGGAAUUGAUGGCCGUGAGGGGGAGAGCUGUGGCUCAGUGGGGCUGCUGCUGGAGCACUCCUUUGAGAUCGAUGACACUGCCCACUUCCGGAAGCGGGGCUCACUGCUAUGGAACCAGCAGGAUGGUACCUUGUCCCUAUCGCAGCGGCAACUCAGUGAAGAGGAGCGGGGCCGGCUUCGGGAUGUGGCGGCCCUGAAUGGCCUGUACCGGGUGCGGGUCCCCAGACAGCCCGGGGUCCUGGACAGCACAGAGGCUGGCGGCUAUGUCUCUUCCUUUGUCCCUGCGUGCUCCCUGGUGGAGUCACACCUCUCCGACCAGCUGACCCUGCAUGUGGAUGUGGCUGGCAACGUGGUGGGGGUGUCGGUGGUGACGUACCCUGGGGGCUGUCGGGGCCACGAGGUGGAGGACGUGGACCUGGAGCUGUUCAACACCUCUGUGCGGCUACGGCCACCAGGCACCGCCCCCGGUCCCGAGACAGCAGCCUUCAUCGAGCGCCUGGAGAUGGAGCAGGCCCAGAAGGCCAAGAACCCCCAGGAACAGAAGUCCUUUUUCGCCAAAUAUUGGCACCUCAUCCUGGGGGGGGCCGUGUUGCUCACGGCCCUGCGUCCUGCUGCCCUGGGGCCCACGCCGCCGCCGCAAGAGGCCUGAUGGAUGUACAUCAUUCCCGUGGUCCUGUUCCUCAUGAUGUCAGGAGCUCCGGAUGCUGGGGGCCAGAGUGGGGGUGCGGGUGGGGGUGGUGGAGGGGGCAGUGGCCGGUGACCGGUGACUGGCUGGUUAUCCUCUGCCCCUGGAAUCCCCUUGUACCCAGAGACCCCCAUGUUCCUGGUCAUCCUGGAGGUGCAGCUGUGCUCUCUCAUCCUAGGAGCACAGAUGGACACCCCUCCUGGAAGCCCCUUGUCUUCCCCAGCCUCUCUUCCUGUUGACAGAGGUCCUGUGGAGUUGGGGUGCUCCUGCUGUAUCCCACCCCCACAGCUCCACCUUAGCCUCUGGGCUCUGUUUGUCCUCAGUGGGAGUCCCAGCCCCUUUGUGCCACUGGCCCCGCCACUGCUCCAGCCCUGCAGCUGGGCACACGCCAGCUUCUCUCCAGCCGUGGUGCCUUUGCCCAGGCCUGCUUCCCUGCCUGCUAUGGCCCCGACACCUCCCUUGACGCUGGACUGGGCCCCAGGCCUUCAGCCAGCUUCCCUUGAGGGUGUCCUGGGCUUCCCCCCUGAGGACAUGGGGCCCCGGUUUCCCCACCCUGCAGCACUGCUCAGCCUGUAUGCGGCCUUUGUCUGCCCGCAGCAGGUGAAGCGCCUGGUAUCCUCCCAGGCCUGCAGUUGGCAGCGGGUGGAGUCAGGGUCAGCUGGUGUAGACAGAGCCCCUUCUGCAUCCGCCAUCCCAAGACGGCCACCCAUGUGUGGUGUCAGAACAAAACCGUGGCCUGACUGGUCAUUUGCGUCUAUUUAAGAAUAUUCACACGAUAUUGCAGCACACGUUUUGAAAACUUCCACCUUCUGACAGCCUGGCGUCCGGGCUGUAUGGGACCCUACCAUUUGCUCACGAUGUUAAUGCAGAAACGUGACAGUGGCUACCGCUGGCGUGGCAUCAGCACUGCUGUGUCAGGUGGCAGUGGAUUAAACUGUUCCUAAAUACCCAA